UUGCCUGCCAUCGAUAUGUACGAAUCAGAUGUGUUGUAUAUAAACAUAAAGAUGGCCGAUGGAGAAACUAACGUCGCGCUGCAGACGAUAUCGCAAGCAAACUCCUUAUUUACAUUCGACCUCUACAAGGAUUUAGCAAACGGAACAGAUAAUGUAUUCUUCUCGCCUAUCAGUAUACAAGUGAUCCUAGCACUUGUGUUUCUGGGUGCUCGUGGAGAUACAGCCAAGCAGAUAGCGAGAGGUCUGCGUCUACCUGAAGACAGAAAUGUGACAGAGGAUGGAUCCAGUGCUAUAAUGACACGCCUACAGGAAAACAAUGACGUGCUGCUUAGCAUAGCUAACAGAAUAUUUAUUAAAAAUGGUUUUGACGUUAAGGAAGAAUUUAACAAUUCCGCUGUUAAACUCAAAGCUGGAGCAGAAGUAGUGGAUUUUUCACAAGAAGAACAAGCACGGAAAAUAAUAAAUGACUGGGUAGAAAGUAAGACAAAUCAGAAGAUAAAAAAUCUCAUUCCUCCUGGUGUUCUGAGUCAGCUCACCCAGAUGGUGUUGGUGAAUGCCAUUUACUUCAAGGGUGAUUGGCUAAAGACGUUUAAUAAGGAGUUAACCAUAACAACACCAUUUCAUGUUGCCCAAGGAUCAACAAAAGAUGUGGACAUGAUGAAUAUUAAGGAACCGUUCAAAUACUCUGACGUACCUCAACUGGAAUCUCAGGUUCUACUACUCCCGUACAAGGGGGAAAGGGUGAGUAUGAUGAUAAUACUGCCCAGACAGCAAAACGGCCUUCCGAAUCUUGAGAAGAAACUUGUCAACAUAAACCUUCAAGAAAUUCUAUCCGGAAUGAGCAAACGGGAGGUGGUUGUGUUUUUACCAAAAUUCAGACUGGAGUACGAAAAGGAGCUUUCAGCAACUUUACAAGCACUUGGUGUGACUGACAUGUUCGAUGCCAGCAGGGCAAAUUUGACUGGUAUUAGUGAUGAGCCAUUAGUAGUUUCCAAAGUUCUGCACAAGGCUUUCAUAGAAGUCAAUGAAGAAGGCACAGAAGCAGCAGCGGCAACUGCUGUCGUGAUGGUCGGCUACUCACUGUCCGUUCCUGCACCCGACCCCCCCAUCAUCUUCAAGGCAGACCACCCGUUCGUGUUCCUUAUACUGGACCAGCAGACACACACUGUGCUGUUUGCAGGUCGCUACUCAACUCCUCCUUCAUAAAGUUUGACGGAUGAAGAAUCCCGCAAAAGUGUUUUUUUUCUUGAAAAAUACGUAAUGUACGAAAAAUAAAUAUCUGCUUGUCCA